AUUUAGGCUUGAUACACCAAUCUUUGAAAAUAAAGUACGAUUUGUAUGCAUUUCGGAUACUCAUGAAAAAAUGGAAGAAAUGUUACAAAUAAUUCCGGACGGUGAUGUACUUAUUCAUGCUGGUGAUUUUACAAAUUAUGGUGAUAUUGGUGAAGUGAUCAAAUUUAAUGCCCAAAUUGGAAGCUUACCACAUAAGCAUAAAUUAGUCAUAGCUGGAAAUCAUGAGAUUGGCUUUGAAGAUGGUGAAGAAUUAAAUGAAAAGCAACUUGCUGGCUUAAAUAUGCUUGGUAUUAGCAAACCCUAUGAAUUGCUAACAAAUUGCUCUUACUUAUGCGAUCAAUCAGUUGAGAUUUAUGGUUUGACGGUUUACGGUGCACCAUGGCAUUCAAUGCCGGGUUAUUCAUUUUAUCGUUCACGAGGUUAUUCGAUAAUGCAAAAAUGGAAAAAUAUCCCAUCAAAAGUUGAUAUACUUAUUACUCAUACGCCACCUCUUGGACAUGGUGAUUUUAACAGUUGGAAUAAAUGUGAUGGAGUAUUAGCCGGAUGUGCAGAUUUGUUAAAUACAGUGGAAAAACGAGUGAAACCAAAGUUUCAUGUUUUCGGACAUAUUCAUCAAUUACAUGGUGUAACAACAAAUGGUCAUACAACCUUUAUCAAUGCAUCCAUUUGUGAUCAUAAGCUAAGGAUAGAAUAUGAUCCAAUCAUUUUUGAUAUACCCUUACCAUCAGGCUACAGCAAAGAUUGAUUUCUCUUGUUUGAUAUAUACAUACGAAGUUUUAUGGCAACAAAAGCUUCCGGUAUUAUUGAAGCAACUAUUGUCAGC